AUGACCGAGACAAGCCCGGCCGGGAAGAAGUCGGAGGAGUGGCGCGCGCUGCUGCCGGCGGAGUCCUUCGCGGUUCUGUUCCGGGAGGCGACCGAGCCGCCCGGGUCGAGCCCGCUGAACCACGAGAAGGGGGCCGGGACGUUCGUGUGCGCCGCCUGCCACCUGCCGUUGUUCGAGUCGGCGACCAAGUACGAGAGCGGGACGGGCUGGCCGAGCUUCUUCGCGCCCAUCGAGGGCAGCGUGGGCACGAAGCGCGACUUCAGGAUGAUCCUGCCGCGCACCGAGUACCACUGCGCCCGCUGCGCCGGGCACCAGGGGCACGUCUUUCCGGACGGGCCGCAGCCCACCGGCAAGCGCUACUGCAACAACGGGGUCGCCCUGCUCUUCGUGCCCGAGGGCGAGCCGCUGCCGGAACGGUGA